AUGCGAUCAUUGCGCCUCUUCUGGGCCUUGAUCCCUCUACUUAGCACUGCGGCGGCCCGAUUACCAACUGUGACCCUAAAGGAUGCUGUCUAUGUCGGCACCACCACCCACGUAGCCUCGGCCACAGCUACUGUGGACAAGUUUCUGGGGAUCCCCUACGCAACAACCCCCGAGAGGUUUCGGGCUGCCCGUCCUCGGCCUCCGGGUUCGCUAUUUGUGAAUGCGACAGAACAGCCGCCGGCAUGUAUCCAGCAAUCAAGCUCCGAAAGCUCCCCUGAGAGUGAAGAUUGCUUGUUUCUGAACGUGUUUGCGCCGCAUCUUGGGUGUGGCAAGCCCAAAGCAGAAAAGGCUGUUAUGUUGUGGUUCUAUGGUGGUGCUUUGUCGUUCGGCUCCAUCACGGACGUCGACGGCUCGUCUUUCGCUGCCAACCAAGACAUCAUCCUUGUGGCCUGCAACUAUCGUCUGGGCGUUUUCGGCUUCCCGGGGAAUGUAUCCGGACUUUCACCGGACGAGCUGAAUCCCGGCUUCCGCGACCAAAAAAUGGCAAUGAGAUGGAUUCAGGAAAACAUUUCUCGCUUUGGCGGUGAUCCGACCAAGGUGACCAUCUUCGGCGAAUCGGCCGGCGCAGUCUCGGCCGAUAGUCAUCUGAUAAGCGAGCUCAGCGACCACCCUCCGUUCCGAGCCGCCAUUCUGCAGAGCGGAGGUCUUCACACUUUCAACCGAGUUGCGCUGGGUGUUGGUGUGUCGGUAACGGGUAUGGGUACGGGAAACAAGGCCGGGGAAGCGCCGUUCCUGACACUAGCCAAAUACUUGAACUGCAGCGAGGAGAAUGCGGUCCCGUGUCUCCAAUCUAAACCCAUGGCGUUGGUCAAAUCCGCCGUCCUCACCUUGAAUCUUCUAUUUUCGCCGGUCGAUGACGGGGGCAAGACCAGUGUUGCUGAUACCGACUCGGCACGGCGGGCAGGGCGUACUGCCAGGGUGCCUGUGCUCGUCGGCAGUACCUUUAUGGAAGGCAACAUAUUCUCCGAUAAAACGUUACAACAAAAGACACUGGAGGGUUGGGCGGAUGUGAUCUAUCCCAACAAUCCGACCGCAGCGGCUGCCGUUGUCAACGCAUAUUCCGUUGGGUCCAGCUGGCAGGCUCAAACUCCAGAUGACGCCGUCAGGCUGUUGCAUUCGGACUUCCACUUUGCUUGUACCACUACAUACGACAGCAACAUCAUGGCCACCAUUGACAUACCAACCUGGCGCUACCUUUUCAACGCCUCUCUCCCGAGUGGACUCGCAUCACACGGCAGCGAGAUCAGUUUCGUUUUUGGGGAUCCUCAAAGCACUCCAGCAAACCAAGAGCUGAGUGCAAAAAUACAAGGAGCGUGGGCCGACUUUGCGAAGGAUCCAUCGUCGGGCCCCGGAUGGACAAAGUACUCGCCUACUACACCGUCUCUUGGGGAUCUCGGUGGUGAAGGAGAUCGGGCUUCCAUCACCGUGAUUGACCCGGCCGUAGUGGAUUCUAGAUGUAGCGUCUUUUGGGACGCUUAUGAUCCGAGUAGACCUAGAUAG